CGGCGCACCGGUCCGGAGCGCACCGCCGGCCGGAGGACAUGGAGCGGCUGUAGGAGCGGCUGGAGGAGGAGAUAAACCUGAAGGAGGGAAGACUUUCACUCCAAACAGGCACCAGGAGGACUUUCAAGGGAGCUGCCGUGAGAAACUGUAGACCUCCUCCUUCUGAGAGAGUUUCUCCUCUGGAUCUCAUGGCUGAAAUGCAGAAUUCACCGGGCCUGCUGAGUAUGCCCCGGAGCCCCACCUCCAGCGAGGAUGAGAUGGCCCAAUGCUUUUCCGACUACUCCGACGACUGCCCCUCUGACAGCUCCCGCGAAGAGACCAUCUACGAGACGAUAAGAGCGACGGCCGAACCAUCGCAGAACCACAUGGACGACAUUCACACAAACUCCAUGGUGAUCCGGGUCCUGAUCCCAGACCUGCAGCAGACGAAAUGCAUGCGGUUCAACCCGGACGCGACGGUCUGGAUCGCCAAACAGCGGAUCCUGUGCACGCUCAAUCAGACCCUGAAGGAUGUGCUGAACUACGGGCUCUUCCAGCCAGCGAGCAACGGGAGGGACGGAAAGUUCCUGGACGAAGAGCGCCUCCUUAGAGAGUACCCGCAGCCAAUCAGCAAGGGGGUCCCCUGUUUGGAGUUUCGUUACAAGAGCAGAGUCUACAGGCAGCCCAACAUUGAUGAGAAGCAGAUCGCCAAGCUUCAUACAAAGGCUGUUAUCUCUGCACCAGCACAGCCGCUCCACCUCCACUGUGUAGUCCUGGUCAAUGUUGUCAAUGAUGAGAUGAGCCACCAUAGUGUCGUCUCCAAACUUCACGAUGUGUUUGGUGGUGAACCUGGGGAUGCAGAGAGCCCGCUGACGUUUGCAGCUCAGCUGGACAAUGCUGUGGAGAUGAUUAGGGUGUUGAAGAACGGAGGAGCUCAUCUUGACUUCAGGGCCAAGGAUGGUAUGACUUCCCUUCACAAAGCUGCCCGCUCCAAAAACCAGGUCAUACUCAUGACGCUGCUGGAGUUGGGAGCAUCUCCAGAUUACAAAGACAGCCGCGGUCUGACGCCUCUGUACCACAGCGUGGUGGUGGGAGGAGACCCUGGCUGCUGCGAGCUCCUGCUUAACCACCACGCCUCCGUCUGCACCCAGGAUGAGAACGGCUGGCACGAGGUUCACCAGGCCUGCCGUCAUGGACAUGUGCAGCAUCUGGAACAUCUGCUGUUCUACGGAGCCGUGAUGAGCGCUCAAAACGCCUCGGGAAAUACCGCCCUGCACAUCUGUGCCCUCUACAACCAGGACAACUGUGCUAGAGUGCUGCUGGUCCGUGGAGCCGACAAGGAAGUGAAGAACUACAACAGCCAGACUCCAUUUCAGGUGGCCAUUAUCGCUGGAAAUUUUGAGCUCGCUGAACUCAUCAAGAACCACAAAGACUCUGAUAUAG